CCGCGGGGACCCAGUCCUCCUCAUCCCAUAGGCAGAGCGACCCUCCCGCCUCCCUGCCGGCUUCUUCUUUAGCCCCCGCCUUGUUCACUUUCAAAGUUUACUCCCGGCGGGGACCUGCGGCGGAAGCGAGACAUGGCUGUCUACCUCGGGAUGCUGCGCCUCGGCAGGCUGUGUAUCGCGAGCCUGGGGGCGCAGGGACCCCGGACGCUGCUCUCUCGGCCUUGGCAGAACUCGAAGUUGCACCGUGUCCGUGUUCUCAGCUCUGGAAUGGUGAAUUGCACCAAUCCCUUGCCCAUUGGAGGCCUCAGUUACAUUCAGGGCCACACCAACUCCCAUCUCGUCUACAUGACUGUGGGUGAGUGCCUGGAUGCCACAGCACAGAAGUUCCCCAACAGAGAGGCUUUGGUUAUCCUCCAUGAAAACAUCAGGCUGAACUUUGCACAGCUCAAGGAGGAGGUGGACAAAGCUGCUUCUGGUCUCCUGAGCAUUGGCCUCCGCAGGGGUGACCGGCUGGGCAUGUGGGGGCCCAAUUCCUAUGCAUGGGUGCUUAUUCAGUUGGCCACUGCCCAGGCAGGCAUCAUCCUGGUGUCUGUGAACCCAGCCUACCAGGCCUCAGAACUGGAGUAUGUCCUAAGAAAGGUAGGCUGCAAAGCCAUUGUGUUCCCUGAGCAAUUCAAAACCCAGCAAUAUUACAACAUUCUGAAGCAGAUCUGUCCUGAGCUAGAUAGGGCCCAACCAGGGGCCCUGAAGAGUGAGAGGCUCCCAGAUCUGACCACAGUCAUCUCAGUGGAUACCCCUUUGCCAGGGACCCUGCUGCUGGAUGACGUGGUGGCAGUCGGUAGCAAGGAGCAGAAUCUGGCCCAGCUGCGGUACCACCAGCAAUUCUUGUCCUGUUACGACCCCAUCAACAUCCAGUUUACCUCGGGGACUACUGGCAGCCCCAAGGGGGCCACUCUUUCCCACCACAACAUUGUAAACAACUCCAACCUGAUAGGCCAGCGGCUAAAGAUACACACGAAGACUGCAGAAGAGUUGAGGUUGGUCCUGCCCAGCCCCCUGUACCACUGCCUGGGCUCCGUGGGGGGCACCAUGGUGUCUAUGAUGUAUGGUGUCACUCUCCUUCUGUCUUCUCCGAGCUUCAACGGCAAGAAGGCGCUAGAAGCCAUCAGCAAAGAGAAAGGCACCCUCCUGUAUGGCACCCCCACAAUGUUUGUGGAUAUUCUGAAUCAGCCGGACUUCUCCAGUUAUGACUUCUCAUCUAUACGUGGAGGUGUGAUUGCUGGCUCCCCAGCACCCCCGGAGUUGGUCCGAGCCAUCAUCAACAAGAUGAACAUGAAGGAACUGGUGGUUGUUUAUGGAACCACAGAGAACAGUCCCGUGACCUUCAUGAACUACCCAGAGGACACCCUGGAACAGAAGGCUGAAAGUGUGGGCAGAAUUAUGCCUCAUACGGAGGCCCAGAUUGUGAACAUGGCAACAGGGGAGCUGACCAAGCUGAACACGCCAGGGGAGCUGUACAUCCGAGGCUACUGCGUCAUGCAGGGCUACUGGGGCGAGCCACAGAAGACCUUUGAGUCGGUCGGACAAGACAAGUGGUAUCGGACAGGAGACAUCGCCACGAUGGAUGAACAAGGCUUCUGCAAGAUCGUAGGCCGCUCCAAGGACAUGAUCAUCCGGGGUGGUGAGAACAUCUACCCCGCAGAGCUGGAGGACUUCUUCCACAAACACCCACAGGUGCAGGAAGUGCAGGUGGUGGGGGUGAAGGACGAGCGGAUGGGAGAGGAAAUCUGUGCUUGCAUCCGGCUGAAGAGUGGGGAGACCACCACAGAGGAGGAGAUCAAAGCUUUCUGCAAAGGGAAGAUCUCCCACUUUAAGAUUCCCAGAUACAUCGUGUUUGUUGACAGCUAUCCGCUCACUAUCUCAGGAAAGAUCCAGAAAUUCAGACUCCGAGAGCAGAUGGAACAACAUCUAAAACUGUGAAGCAAAAGAGGGCCCUCCCAGAGCCCCUCAGCCCUCCACACAAAGGAGGGUCCUCCCAGAACCCCUCAGCCCUCCACACAAAGGAGGGUCCUCCCAGAGCCCCUCAGCCCUCCCACACAAAGGAGGGUCCUCCCAGAGCCCCUCAGCCCUCCACACAAAGGAGGGUCCUCCCAGAGCCCCUCAGCCCUCCCACACAAAGGAGGGUCCUCCCAGAGCCCCUCAGCCCUCCCACAUAAAGGCGGGCCCUCCCAGAGCCCCUCAGCCCUCCCACACAAAGGAGGGUCCUCCCAGAGCCCCUCAGCCCUCCACACAAAGGAGGGCCCUCCCAGAGCCCCUCAGCCCUCCCACAUAAAGGAGGGCCCUCCCAGAGCCCCUCAGCCCUCCACACAAAGGAGGGUCCUCCCAGAGCCCCUCAGCCCUCCACACAAAGGAGGGCCCUCCCAGAGCCCCUCAGCCCUCCCACAUAAAGGAGGGCCCUCCCAGAGCCCCUCAGCCCUCCCACACAAAGGAGGGUCCUCCCAGAGCCCCUCAGCCCUCCACACAAAAGAGGGUCCUCCCAGAGCCCCUCAGCCCUCCCACACAAAGGAGGGUCCUCCCAGAGCCCCUCAGACCUCCCACACAAAGGAGGGUCCUUCCAGAGCCCCUCAGACCUCCCACACAAAGGAGGGUCCUCCCAGAGCCCCUCAGCCCUCCCACACAAAGGAGGGUCCUCCCAGAGCCCCUCAGCCCUCCCACACAAAGGAGGAUCCUCCCAGCCCUCUCAGGCUCUCCUGAGCCCUCCUCAUGCCCCUUGUCAUCUUUAGUACUUGGCAUAAAGAGUUCCCUGUUUGGCCAGUG